AUGCCAAAUCAGUUUGUUGAUCUAAUCCGAAAUAUAUUCAAUCCCACCUCACCUUCGUCGAAUCGACGGCACCGGACGCCAUCUCCCGAAAGUGAUGAUUCUGAUGAGGAUCAGCAGCGUGCUGAACGACUNCUUCGUCGAAUCGACGGCACCGGACGCCAUCUCCCGAAAGUGAUGAUUCUGAUGAGGAUCAGCAGCGUGCUGAACGACUGA